AUGCCCGGCUCUUCUCUUGAAAAACCUCUUGCGAGGCCCCGAAAAUCGGUUCAAAAUGCCGCUGAAUGCGGGGUCAACAUCAUGGAGAUCGGCAUCGCCAUAAGUGCUACUCCUCGUUGUGUGGGAAUUAAUCCCCUGUCAUUGAUCUUGUCCGACACCGACACAUUAAAACUUGUUCUUACUUUCUUAUUUCUCAUUCGUUUAUCUCCUGACGGGCCGCUCACGACUCUUCGCGGAAACCUGCAAUGGUAUUUGCUCCCAAAACCAGCAAUAGCAAUUCCGAAAACCGCUCUGGCAAAUGUCUACCAAAUGCAACCCCAUGUCAUAGUUACUGGCAGCGGACUACUCGACCAUUCCCACUUCUAUACGCCAAUCGAGAGAGAAAGAAGUUCCUCCGGGCUUACAAUAUUUGAUUAUUGGCUCGGUGAUAUCAUCAUACUCGAAGCACGGAAGACCGAGAGUGGUGCAAGCUCGCGAAACAAAAUCGAUGAAUUCAUUAAAAGGCGUAAGGUUUCAUGCGAGUAUAACCUCAUAACAACCUUUGAUGUUUGCAUGACAUCUAAAUUUGCUGGUGGUGAUGUCUCACAUGUCAAGGCUAAUGAAGGAAAGGAGGCAGGGGCCAAGACGAGAGUCAAGGGUGCUGCAGCGGCCUGGAGUGGCCUGCCAGGUUAUGCCAACCAACAAGACACGCAGAAUUUCUACCACCAAACGUUGUAUCGAGAGGUGCAUAGUUGUCCACAUUCUACACCGUCACCGAUAUCAAAGGAGUGA